AUGGCAGCAUGGCCGCAUAGCCAAGCGAGCACCAGCAUCGCUUGGCCGGAUCACCACCUACAAUACGCUCAGCAACCCAUGAUGCAGGCGUACAUGCAGGGAGGGCCUGUGCGACCCCAUGCUCCUUCCAUGUCGAUGCACCAGCCACUCCAGCCUGAGCCGCUGCCCCGGCCGGGACAGAGUCUUCCUUGGACACCGGAGGAGGACAACGCGCUGCUGGAGGCCAAGAGUCAGGACAUGUCAUGGGACGAGAUCCACACCCAAUUCUUCCCCAACAAGACGGGCAAUGCGUGCCGCAAACGACACGAAAGGCUGCAACAGAAGGCUCGGGGACAUUGGGAUGAAGCAAGGAUCCAGCGGGUGGUGGCAUGCUACAACCGCCACCGCGAACAGUUCUGGCGCGAUCUUAGUGAGCAGGUUGGGGAGAGGUGGGAUGAAGUGGAAAAGAUGAUACUCCAACAAGGCUUUCGACGUCUGGGGAUCACCCGUCCUCGUCAUAUCCGACGUAAGUCGGGUGCCAGUUCCAGCCAGACGGGAUUGUUGGAAUCCGAACAUGUUUCUUCCACCGAUGAGUACGACAAUGCAGACGACAGUGGGAUUGGUAUGGGACUGGUUGGUCACAGUCGCCGCGCCAGCGAGAUUGGGAAUAUCCAGCAACAGUGUCUUCCUGGCGUCGGUCAUAUUCUCUCGGAUGCUGAAGGGGCUUAUAAGGUUGAUGGGGGUUAUCAGUACACCGCAUAA